AGACGUGAGACUUGCCGCAGGCUGAGGAGGAGGAAGAAGGGGCAGUGGGAGCAGAGGAGGUGGCUCCAGCCUCGGGGAGGCUCUGAGGGUCCCUGCCUGAAGAGGGAGAGGGGACCAGAACUUGGGGCAGGGGCUCUGGAAUGCAGCCCCCUUCACUGCUGCUUCUUCUGCUGCUACUAUUGUGCUUCUGGAUUAUCAAGACCAGAGGGCGGCUGUGCAGGAGUUUCCCAGAAGACUGUGCCAAUGGAGGCACGUGUCUGACCCUCUCUGAGGGUCAAGGGAUCUGCCAGUGUGCUCCUGGCUUCCUGGGUGAGACGUGUCAGUUCCAUGACCCCUGCCAGGAUGCUGAUCUCUGCCAGAAUGGAGGCAGCUGUCAAGCUCUGCUCCCUGUCCUCCCUGGUUCCCCUAGCCCACCCUCUCCCUUAGCCUCUAGCUUCUUCUGCACCUGCCCCCCUGGCUUCACUGGCGAGAGGUGCCAAGCCCGACUCGGGGACCUCUGUUUUCCCUCUUACUGUUCCCAAAGGGGCCGUUGCCACAUCCAGGCCUCAGGCCACCCACAGUGCUACUGCAUGUCAGGAUGGACAGGUGAGCGGUGCCAGCUGCGAGACUUCUGCUCAGCCAACCCCUGCAUCAAUGGAGGAGUGUGUCUGGCCACGUAUCCCCAGAUCCAGUGUCACUGUCCACCUGGCUUUGAGGGCCAUGCCUGUGAACACGAUGUCAACGAGUGCUACAUGGACCCAGGACCCUGCCCCAAGGGCACCUUCUGCUAUAACACUCUGGGCUCCUUCCAGUGUCUCUGCCCUGCUGGACGUGAGGGUACACACUGUGGGCUCCAAGCUGGACCCUGUCUCCCCAAGAGCUGUUCCAAUGGGGGAACCUGCCAGCUGGUGCCAGGGGCACACUCCACCUUCCACCUCUGCCUCUGCCCCCCAGGUUUCACAGGCCCAGACUGUGAGGUAAAUCCAGAUGAUUGUGUUGGGCACCAAUGUCAGAAUGGGGGUACUUGCCAGGAUGGGCUGAACACCUAUACUUGCCUCUGCCCAGAGGCCUGGACAGGCUGGGACUGCUCUAAGGACGUGGAUGAGUGUGAGGCCCAGGGUCCCCCUCACUGCAAAAAUGGGGGCACCUGCCAGAACUCAGCUGGUGGCUUCCACUGUGUAUGUGUGAGCAGCUGGGGAGGCAUAGGCUGUGAGGAAAACCUGGACGACUGUGUUGCUGCUACCUGUGCCCCAGGAUCCACCUGCGUUGACCGUGUGGGCUCCUUCUCCUGCCUCUGCCCACCUGGCCGCACAGGCCUCCUGUGCCACCUGGAGGACAUGUGUCUGAGUCAGCCAUGCCAUGGAGAAGCCCAGUGUAGCACCAACCCUUUGACGGGCUCCACCCUCUGCCUGUGUCAGCCGGGCUACUCUGGGCCCACCUGCAAUAAGGACCUGGAUGAGUGUCAGAUGGCCCAGCAAGGUCCCAGUCCCUGUGAACAUGGCGGCUCCUGCCUCAACACCCCUGGCUCCUUCGACUGCCUCUGUCCCCCUGGCUACACAGGCUCCCGCUGUGAGGCUGAUCACAAUGAAUGCCUGUCCCAGCCCUGCCACCCAGGCAGCACCUGCCUGGACCUGCUUGCCACCUUCCACUGCCUUUGCCCACCAGGCUUGGAAGGGCAGCUUUGUGAGGUGGAGACGGACGAGUGUGCCUCGGCUCCUUGCCUGAACAACGCGGUCUGUCAGGACAUGCGCAACAGCUUCCUGUGCAUCUGCCCACCCGGAUUCAUCGGUGCACAAUGUGAGGAGGACAUCGACGAGUGUGGAAGCUCUCCCUGUGCCAACGGUGGACAGUGCCAGGACCAGCCUGGAGCCUUCCAAUGCAAAUGUCUCCCAGGUUUUGAAGGCCCACGCUGUCAGACAGAGGUAGAUGAGUGUCUGAGUGGCCCAUGCCCCACCGGUGCCAGCUGCCUUGAUCUCCCAGGAGCCUUCUCUUGCCUCUGCCCCUCUGGCCUCACAGGCCAGUUUUGUGAAGUCCCCCUGUGUGCCCCCAACCUAUGCCAGAACAAGCAAGGAUGUCAGGAUCGGGAGGACAAGGCCCACUGCCUCUGCCUUGAUGGAAGCCCUGGCUGUGUCCCCACUGAAGACAACUGCACCUGCCACCAUGGGCACUGCCAGAGGUCCUCAUGUGUGUGUGACAUGGGCUGGACAGGGCCAGAGUGUGAGGCAGAGCUGGGGGGCUGCAUCUCUAUGCCCUGUGCCCAUGGGGGUACCUGCUUCCCCCAGCCCUCUGGCUACAACUGCACCUGCCCCACAGGCUACACAGGGCCCACCUGCAGUGAGGAGGUGACAGUAUGUCACUCAGGGCCCUGUCUCAAUGGCGGCUCCUGCAGUCCCAGCCCUGGGGGGUACUCCUGCACCUGCCCCCCAAGCUACACAGGGCUCCGCUGCCAGAUCAACACUGACCACUGUGCCUCUGCCCCGUGCCUCAAUGGGGGUACCUGUGAGAACAGGCCAGGUACUGCCUUCUGUCUCUGUGCCAAGGGCUUCCAGGGCCUACGCUGUGAAGGAAGGAUCCAUCCCAGCUGUGCAGAUAGUCCCUGUAGGAACAGGGCAACCUGCCAAGAUGGCCCUCAGGGUCCCCGCUGCAUCUGUCCCCCUGGCUACACAGGAGGCAGCUGCCAGACCCUGGUGGACUUAUGUGCCCAAAAGCCCUGUCCACACAAUGCCCACUGCCUCCAGACUGGACCCUCCUUCCAGUGCCUGUGCCUCCAAGGAUGGACUGGGCCUCUCUGUGACCUUCCACUAUCCUCCUGCCAGAGGGCUGCUCUAAGCCAAGGCAUAGAGGUCUCCACCCUGUGCCAGAAUGGAGGCCUCUGUAUCGACAGUGGCCCCUCUUAUUUCUGCCACUGCCCCCCUGGAUUCCAAGGCAGCUUAUGCCAGGAGAGAGUGAACCCUUGUGAGUCCAGGCCCUGCCACCAUGGGGCCACCUGCAUGGUUCAGCCCAAUGGGUAUCUCUGCCAGUGCGCCCCAGGCUACAGUGGACAGAAUUGCUCAAAGGAACCUGAUGCAUGUCAGUCCCAACCCUGUCACAACCAUGGAACCUGCACCCCCAAGCCUGAAGGUUUCCACUGCUCCUGCCCUCCCGGCUUUGUGGGCCUGCGGUGUGAAGGGGAUGUGGACGAAUGUCUGGACAGGCCCUGCCACCCCACAGGCACUGCAGCCUGCCACUCUUUGGCCAAUGCCUUCUACUGCCAGUGUCUACCUGGACACACAGGCCAGUGGUGUGAGGUGGAGAUAGACCCCUGCCAGAGUCAGCCCUGUUCCCAUGGAGGGUCCUGUGAGGCCACAGCAGGAUCACCCCCAGGUUUUACCUGCCACUGCCCUACGGGUUUUGAAGGCCCCACCUGCAGCCACAGAGCCCCCUCCUGCGGCCUCCAUCACUGCCACCAUGGAGGCCUGUGUCUGCCCUCCCCUAAGCCUGGCUUCCCACCCCGCUGUGCCUGCCUCAGUGGCUAUGGGGGCCCUGACUGCCUGACCCCUCCAGCUCCUCAAGGCUGUGGCCCUCCCUCCCCAUGCCUACACAAUGGCAGCUGCUCAGAGAUCCCCGGGUUGCAGGGCCCAGGCUUUCGAUGCUCCUGCCCUCCCAGCUCUCCAGGGCCCCAGUGUCAGAGGCCAGGAGCCAAAGGGUGUGAGGGCAGAAGUGGGGAUGGGGCCUGUGAUGCUGGCUGCAGUGGCCCAGGGGGAAACUGGGAUGGGGGGGAUUGCUCCCUGGGGAUCCCAGACCCCUGGAAAGGCUGCCCCUCUCACUCCCGUUGCUGGCUACUUUUUCGAGACGGUCAGUGCCACCCACAGUGUGACUCUGAAGAGUGUCUGUUUGAUGGCUACGACUGUGAGACCCCUUCAGCCUGCAGCCCAGCCUAUGACCAGUACUGCCACGAUCACUUUCACAAUGGGCACUGUGAGAAAGGCUGCAACACUGCCGAGUGUGGCUGGGAUGGGGGCGACUGCAGGCCUGAAGCUGGGGACUCACAGUGGGGGCCCUCCCUGGCCCUGCUGGUGGUGCUGAGCCCGCAGGCCCUGGACCAGCAGUUGCUUGCCCUGGCCCGAGUGCUGUCCCUGAUCCUGAGGGUGGGGCUCUGGGUGAGGAAGGAUGGUGAUGGCACGGACAUGGUGUAUCCCUAUCCUGGGCCCCAGGCCAAAGAGGAGCUGGGAGGAACCUGGGACCCCUCUCAGCAGGAAACAGCAGCCCCUCCUACAUCACCCCUGGGCAAGGAAACAGAUUCUCUCAGCACUGGGUUUGUUGUGGUGAUGGGUGUGGAUUUGUCCCGCUGUGGCCCUGACCACCCUGCAUCCCGAUGUCCCUGGGACCCUGGGCUCCUGCUCCGCUUCCUUGCAGCUAUGGCUGCCGUGGGGGCCCUGGAGCCCCUGCUGCCUGGACCCCUCCUAGCUGCCCACCCUCGUGCAGGCACCGUGCUCCCGGCCAACCAGCUCCCCUGGCCUGUGCUGUGCUCUCCAGUCGCUGGGGUGCUUCUCCUGGCCCUAGGGGCUCUUCUUGUCCUCCAGCUCAUCCGACGUCGACACCGAGAGCAUGGGGCCCUCUGGCUGCCCCCUGGUUUCACAAGACGGCCCCGAAAUCAGAGGAUCCCCCGCAGGCGCCGGCCUCCCCUGGGCGAGGACAGUAUUGGCCUCAAGGCUCUGAAGCCAGAGGCAGAAAUUGAUGAAGAUGGAGUUGUGAUGUGCUCAGGCCCCAAGGAGGGAGAGGAGGUGGGCCUGGCUGAAGAAAUGACCCCACCUUCCAAAUGCCAGCUCUGGACUCUGAGUGGAGACUGUGGGGAGCUUCCUCAGGCAGCCAUGCUGACUCCUCCACAAGAGUGUGAAAUGGAGGCCCCUGAUGUGGACACUUGUGGACCUGAUGGGGUAACACCCUUGAUGUCAGCAGUUUGCUGUGGGGAAAUGGAGUCCAGGCCCUUCCAAGGGGCAUGGCUGGGAGGCCCUGAACCAUGGGAACCUCUGCUAGGUGGAGGGGCCAGUCCCCAGGCUCAUACGAUGGGCACUGGGGAGACCCCUUUGCACCUGGCUGCCCGAUUCUGCCGGCCAACGGCUGCCCGUCGCCUACUUGAGGCUGGAGCCAAUCCCAACCAACCAGACCGGGCAGGGCGCACCCCGCUUCACGCUGCUGUAGCUGCUGACGCUCAGGAGGUCUGCCAGCUCCUGCUCCGGAGCAGACAGACUGAAGUGGACGCGCGCACCGAGGACGGGACCACGCCCCUGAUGCUGGCCGCCAAGCUAGCCGUGGAGGACCUGGUUGAAGAACUGAUUGCGGUCCGAGCAGAUGUGGGGGCCAGAGACAAAUGGGGAAAAACUGCGCUGCAUUGGGCCGCCGCCGUGAACAACGCCCGGGCCGCCCGCUCCCUUCUGCAGGCCGGAGCCGAUAAAGACGCCCAGGACAACAGGGAGCAGACGCCGCUGUUCCUUGCAGCCCGAGAAGGGGCAGUGGAGGUAACCCAGCUGCUGCUGGGGGUCGGGGCAGCCCGAGAGCUGCGGGACCAGGCCGGGCUAGCGCCCCGGGACAUCGCCCGCCAGCGUAACCACUGGGAUCUGGUGACGCUACUGGAAGGGGCGGGGCCACCAGAGGCGGGUCACAAAGCCACGCCGGGCAGCGGAGCUGGCGCCUUCUCGUGCGCGCGGAUCGCAUCAGGGAGCGCGCCCCCGCGUGGGGCUGGGGCUCUGCCAAGCAUUCGGACGCUGUCUGCAGGAGCUGGCCCUCGAGGAGGCGGGGCUUGUCUGCAAGCCCAGACUUUGUCAGUUGACUUGGCCGCUCAAGGGGGCGGGGCCUAUUCACACUGCGGGAGCCUAUCGGGAAAAGGAGCAGGAGGAGGCCCACUCCCCCGUGGUCGGAGAGUUUUUGCAGGCAUGCGCGGGCCUCGGUCCAGACCUGCCAUAAUGCGGGGAAGAUCCGGGGUCGCGGCCCGGCGCGGGGGUGGGGCCUCAGUGGCUAACUGGCCCUGUGAUUGGGUGGCUCUGGGAUCCUGCGGCCCCGCCCCCAGCACUAAGAUCCCGCCUCCUUGCCUUACUCCGUCCCCAGAGCGGGGAUCCCCUCAAGCUGCCUGGGGUCCCCAAGCCCUAAAUUCCGGAGGCGAGGGCCAAAAAUAGGCUACGUGGGAGCAGGGAAAACGUCUUAAAAUGAGUACCCAUUAAAUGACAAGCAGUAUGGAAGGCCCUCCAGAUUUUGAGGUUCUGGAGCCCCAAAGAUGAGGUCAUGAGUUUCGUUUCCUUCCCAACAUAAGUGUGUGCUCACCAGAACAGGCAUCGUCUUCCACGUCGAGAAUCUGCAGCUCUGGAAAGGGGAUUUAGGGUGUUGGGAUGAGACAGGCCUAGCCCUGCUCCCAGAAAAAUGAGUGAGGGGCUACAAGAAGGCAGUGAAGUGGGACAAGUCCCCUAAACUGGAACCAAGGACUGUAGGCAGAUAGAUCUAAGAUGUUCUUUCCUAGAUAUGGUUUCCAAAGGAAACCUCUCAUACCUCACCCCCGCUGCCUAUAUAUAGAUGGCUGACAGCUACUAUGUGCCGGGCACUAUAGGUGCCAAGGGGGAGGGCCCAAGGGCAACUCCAGCUGAUGACCCCUUGCAUUCACCCAUCUCCCCAAAAAAAACUUCACUGAAGGCAUGAAACACUAGUCUCCUAGCUACAGUUGUCUCUAUUUAAAACCCUCAAAUAUGUCACCCAUGCAAUAAAGCUGAUUUGAA